AUGGUCAAUCUUGUCGAACCCAACCCACCUAGCACAGGUCCCCGCCCUCGCGUCACCCCAACUACUUUGAUCGCACGAUGGCCCACCGCGAACGCGCAGUCGACCGUGCCCUUGCUCGCUCGCACCAUUACCGCGAACCUCUCUGGCAUCGCCACGGGUAGGAGGGCGUUGCAAAUACGUCCCUUUCGCAUAGCAGCACCUUCCACAUCAAGCACGGGAAAAGGAGCCGGAGCAGGAGCAGGAGCGAAUGCCGAGUCGUCGAGGAACAUGUGGGUGCUCAGGACGUUGGGCACCGCGGACGAUAUGGUGUUUGUAUGGGUCAACGAUCCGACUCAGCCGACGCGGAGAUCCAUGACCACCGGUCGGGCACAGUUCAUCGACAAGAGAAAGCGCAACGAAGGCGAUGACACGACCAUGGCCGAGUCCGAGCAAGAGGACGAGGACGAGGACGAGGAUGAAGACGAUCUCGUUUUGGAAACCACACCGCGUCACACCCGAUGGACCUUCACCUCGUUGGGCGUCGCGACCAACAUGACAUCCUCACCCUUGCACGUAUCUCCCUUUGAUGCGUUCCUACAGCGCGUUCUGCUCUCGUCCUCGUCCACGUUGGGAUCAUCCUCGGCAGCUUCGAUCGGCCAACCCAUUACCACCGGCUCGCCUAGUCCCCCUUCAGGCGCAGUGCAUUGGACACCGAGGCCGACAGCAGUUUCGUUGGAUGGGUUCACUUUUUCCGUCGGUGGUCCGAAUGGCACGGGCGAUUGGGAAGUCAAGAUCGCGACCGUUGGUCUGAAGGGUGGCGCCAGCGUCGGUUCUUCCAAAGGGGUCGUAGUCGAGGUGAGCGUCGAAUUGAACACGAAGAGCUGUCCAAUCCCAUAUGAUCAGCUUACUCAAUCGAUGAUCGACCUUCUCAGAUCACCUACCUCCCUGUACCCUACCUCUCCCCCAACUCGACCUUUAUCCGAGAUUUCGGCUCGACCCUGUUCCCGACCCAAGCGCUCGCGACGGGUGAAAUCGACUUUUACGAACCCGAUCAUGAGCAGAUGUACGAGGCUGGGCUGGUGUCGACCGAGCAGGACAAGCGAGGGGAGUGGGAAUGGUCCGACAAGCAUUCGGCGUGGGCGUACCUGCAGUUGUUUAGGAAGGAAGGGAUGUUGUGA